GUUUUGGCAUUUUGAUCUGGAAUCUGUUGGUCCAAGUUUGAUAGUGUUUCAACUCCUAGUCAAAUGUGUUAAAUAUUCUUCUAUAAUGACAAACUAUGGAAUCUUGCGGAUACAAGUUUACAUUAUUAAUUAUAUGUAAUGAAUGUAAUUCGGAAAUGAGGAACUGUAGCUUUAAAAGUUAUCAAAUUUCGAAGUAGUACAGUUUACGUGGGACAGACGCAGAUUUGCAUUGGCGGCAUAGGGAAAAAGAAGAAAGACAUUAGGAGUAGAUAAUCGACAUCAGAUCGGGGUGAUGGUGAUGAGGGCACCAAAGGUAACAAUCCUGUUGAAAGCAACAAAUCUAAUGGAUCAGGUACUCCAAAAUCCCAGCAUAAACCUACUGACUGGAGAGAGUUUAGAGCUAUUCUGUAUCUGAAUCAGCAGUCAAUGCUUAACAACCAAGAUGAAGGAGUUGUCAAAGAGUCUAAACGAUUAGGGUCAAAGUGGGCACACCCACUUACCUCUCCAGAAACAGGCUGUGUCCUUGUUGCAACCGAAAAGCUCGAUGGGGUUCAAACCUUUGAAAGAUCAGUCGUCUUUCUACUAGGAUCCGGAACCCGACACCCACAAGAAGGCCCAUUUGGAGUAAUCAUAAACCGACCCCUUCACAAAAAGAUCAAAAACAUGAAACCCACAAAUCUCCAUCUUGCUACGACUUUUUCUGAUUGUUUGUUGCAUUUCGGUGGGCCCCUCGAGGCAAGCAUAUUCCUGUUAAAAUCUGGUGGGAAGAAACCUGUUCUUGAUUUUGAAGAAGUUGUUCCCUCUCUAUGCUUUGGUUCGCGAAAUAGUUUGGACGAAGCUUCAGCUUUAGUAAAAACUGGGGUUUUUAAACCUCAAGAUUUUAAAUUUUUCGUCGGGUAUGCUGGCUGGCAGCUUGAUCAGCUCAAGGAAGAGAUUGAAGCCGGUUUAUGGCAUGUGGCGGCUUGUAGUUCAAAUUUGAUAUUUGCUGGCACACAAAAUGAAAGUUUGUGGGAAGAGAUUUUACAGCUUAUGGGUGGGAGUUACACAGAGCUUAGCCGCAAGCCCAAGCAAGAUUUUUAAGUCUGGUGAUUCGAGUUAAAAUAAAUUGGAAGUAUUUGAGGUCAAGAUUGGUGAGAUACCGUCUUCUGAAUAUCUAUACAUAGUCUCACAUUGUACAGAAUCGUAAAAUUAGUUUUUUUACAUCAAGUUAUUAAUAUCCAUCCACUACCUACAUGUAGGUAUAACUUAUAUAAAGUUAUAAAUAUGUUAUGUGCAAUUAGCUUCUGUAUAGUUUGCUAAUUGUUUUUUUAAGUGUUACUACAGUCAAGUUGGCUGCUGAUGAUAGGUAGCUAUUUUGCUUCUUUAUAGGUUUUUUCAGGGACACAACCUGUUUAUAAAAUUAUGUACUUGUUUUCUGAUAA